AUGGCAUCGUACGAAGCAUUGUAUGGUCAUAAAUGUCAAACUCAGUUGUAUUUGACUAAGCUGAGUAAGAAAAAGAUUCACGGGGUUGAUUUGGUACGAGAAAUAGAAGAAAAGGUAAAAGUAAUUCGAGAUAGUUUGAGAGCUGCUUCAAAUCGACAGAAAUCAUAUGCAAAUUUGAAAAGAAAAGACAUUGAGUUUCAAGUCAGCAAUAAAGUGUUCUUGAAAGUGUUUCCUUGGAAGAAAGCUCUUCGAUUCAAUCGUAAAGGAAAGCUUAGUCCGUGUUUUAUCGGGCCUUAUGAGAUUAUUGAAAGAACCAGGCCAGUAGCUUACAGAUUAGCUUUGUUGUCAGAGUUAGAAAAGAUUCAUAAUGUGUUUCACGUAUCUGUGUUACGGAGGUACCGAUCAGACCCUUCGCAUGUAAUCUCACCUGUUGAUGUCGAGAUUCAGCCUAAUAUGUUGUACAGUGAAGAACCGAUCAGAAUUUUAGCUCAAGAGCUUAAAGAGUUGAGAAUUAAAAGCGUAGCUUUAGUGAGAGUCCUUUGGCAACGACACGGUUUAGACGAGGCCACUUGGGAACUAGAGAAACUAUGA